CCGUAGAGACCGAACUUCUGCCCUGCACUACCUGUAUCUUUCUGUGUUCGCACUCAGGCAGAGCUCAGACUUCCAUCCCUGCCAGGAGGACCAUGAGCCUGACCACGUGCGAGUGGAAAAAAGUUUUCUAUGAGAAGAUGGAGGUGGCAAAGCCAGCUGACAGCUGGGAACUCGUCAUGGACCCCAACCUUAAGCCCAGUGAGCUGGCUCCUGGCUGGAAGCAGUACUUGGAGCAGCAUGCCUCCGGCAGGUUCCACUGCUCCUGGUGCUGGCACACCUGGCAGUCGGCCAACGUGGUCAUCCUCUUCCACUUCUGCUUGGACCGCGCCCAGCGGACAGGCUCCGUGCGGAUGCGCGUCUUCAAGCAGCUGUGCUACGAGUGCGGCACGGCGCGGCUGGAUGAGUCGAGCAUGCUGGAGGAGAACAUCGAGAGCCUCGUGGACAACCUCAUCAGCAGCCUGCGCGAGCAGUGCUACGAGGAGGAUGGUGGCCAGUACCGCAUCCACGUGGCCAGCCGCCCAGAUAGAGGGCCUCACCGCAGCGAGUUCUGCGAGGCCUGCCAGGAGGGCAUCGUGCACUGGAAGCCCAGCGAGAAGCUGCUGGAGGAGGAGGCCUCCUACUCCGAUGGCUCCAAGUGGAAGGCUCUGGCAGGCCUCGACUACAAUUUCUUCUCACGUCGCUGGUGCAUCCUGUGGGGUGCCCUGUGUCUGCUCCUGGCCUAUCUGCAGUUCUCCUUCCGCAGCCCUGACUUCUUUUAGUGGGUGGAUGAGGGACUGGGAGAGGGUGGAGGGUGGAGAUAGGGAGGAUUCGGUCUGGUUCUGAUGUUGUUAGACUCGGUAUAGGGCCCGGGACAACUCAGUCACCCUUCCUGGGCUCAGACUUCACCUCUGUAGAAUGAGUGGUCUGCAUUAGGAGGCGUUCACUGGCUCAGUUCAUCGAUUAAACUGCGCAGCGAUGAGAGGAAGGGAGAAGUGUGUAACGGAGGCUUGGGAACUUGCGUCGGUAGGCGAAGCAUGGGGAGGCAGCCUUCUCCCUUCCCUCCCUCCUCCUGCAUUCCUAGCCCACCUUUUGCUUUAUUUCCGUGUCCUCUGCCCUGCUGAAAGCUAAUACUUGGUUAGGUGCCUCCUGGGUUCUGACUCACGGCCAUCUUCGCUUUCCCCGUGUGUCUCGCAGUGGAUCUCCUCGAGGGGCAGCAGGAGCCCUGCCGAGGGCACAGGCACGAGUUCACCUGGUCUCGCUUCUGGGAAGUCUGCUCCGCCAUUCUGAGAAGCUCCCGGUUUGGCCCGGGUGUCAGGGUCUGCUCGGCUGGGAUUGUCUAGGGCCCUGCUGUCUAACACGUUUGCC